GGCUGCCCCACCCAGGACAGAGCUCACUCCUGGGGCCUGUGGGUUCUCCAAAGGUAUCCCAACAUGGACGGGCAGCAUUCUGAAAAGUCACAGAGCGACACCACGGCUGAUAGGACGUCAUCAGCCAUGUCCCAGAACCCCAGGGCAGCCCAGCGCCAGGCUGGAACACGUGGGAACCCAGAAGGGGAUGCCCCAUGCCCUGCUUCCCACAGAAUCUCCUCCCCUAUCUCCAGAUCCAUGAAGGACCUGUCUUGUAUGAAGGUACCUCAGGACCCUGCUCACAGGACAAACAGGCACACCCCACCACCAUUCUUCUCUGCAAGUCACGGAGCAGCCAGGCUGCUCUGAUGCCCAAGGAGCACAAGAUGUUCAUGGAGGAAGCCUACAAUGCAGCCAUUUGCUUCAAGAUGCUCCGUGACCUGAAUGGGUCAGAUCCCCUCCAUCUGAAGUACAUCAUCAAGAAGAUCAAAGGCAUGGCUUACAGAGCCCCCAACCUGGUGCUGGAAACCAUCCAUGACUACUUGGUAGACAAUCCAGAG